GGCAGCAUCAUGGAGCGCAUAACGAGCAGCAGAGACCGAUCCACCAUGAGAGAGCGCUUCGACUGUCUAACAGAUGCGUACAGAUGUUUUCUGUCGGGAUCGUGUCCCAGCCAAAGGGCUGUGGAUGUGGCUGGCCUGAUAUUGUCCGGGGUGUGUGGACUCGUCCCCGAGGUCGGAGCGCUUUCUCUAUCGGCGCAUUGCCAUGACAGCAGCGUGGAGCUGACCUGCCUCAGCUUGACUCUGGUGGAGAGGAUCACAUCCCGCCUGACGUCUCGGAGCCUGUCUCCAGCAGUCACGUUGUACUGCGUGGAGAUCCUGGUGGUGUUGUUUCAAGACCUGGGUCUCAUGUCACAUCUUAUUCACCAGUUCCAGACUGAGGACCAGAUCAUCUCGCAUCUAGCUGCAAAGACUGUAUCGACGUGUGUUUUCUAUCAGCUCCACCAAUCUGGUACAAUCAGUCCUGUCUGGCAGCAGAAGUGUGUGCAGGUAUUUUACAGCUCACCCUCUGGUCCUGAACUGGAUGCCUGUCUGUGGUCACUGACUGAAGUCUUGAAAAGACUUCUUAAAGGAGCUCAUCAAGGACCGUCAUACUGUGCAUCACAGUCAUUGCUAUCUCCCAAAACCAGACUCAUGAAAUUUGUUCCAAGAAGAGUAUUGAGAAUGCAGACAAUCGACCGUUUGGAUGAAAUUCCAUGUGACAUCCUUGGGAAACUUCUGGCAGCUCUUGACUCCAGCCUGUGUGCUUUAUGUUCCAAGUUUCUCCCUAACGAGAGAAAAGAGGAAACGCAGUGUUUGGUGGAUGUUACCAGCAGCAGAUGCUGGGGAACAACAUGGUGUCUCCUGCUGGACCUGCUGGAGGUGCUGACUGCAUCCAGUUUGACAUGUGGAGCUGGUGUCUGUCUGAAGAGUCAGAGAAUGACCCACACUCACUCCUCAGCACUGCUGACGACAGUCAGCUGCUCAUCACAGUAUUUUGUCAAAAAGCGAGUGCUGUUGCUCCUGAAGAGAGCGCUGCUGCAGAAGGCUGGAGAGGACUGGGCUUUAGGAGGAUCCACUGGGCUCAGAUACAAGCACUUCCACUCUGAUAUGAACAUGCUGGCCCAGAGUGUGCUAACAGCAGUGACUACUGAUUGGUUGCAGAGUGUUCAAGUGGAGUCUGCCUCUUUCUUUGGGGGGACCAGACAUGUCGGAGGGGAGGAAGGCCAGAAACCAAACUGUGUGAUGCUGAGAUCUGUCAGCCUGCUUCUCCUCAAGUCCAUGGAGCUCCACAUCCAAACAGCAGGAGUGGAUAGUGCCACAGAGGUCUACGGCUAUCUGCAGAGUCUGUGGGGCUUCCUGAGGCGGUGCAGUGUCCAGCUGACAGAGGUCACUCAUCGCUGCUGCUGGGUCAGCCUGCUGUUUGGGGACCAGGACGACGACAUGAUGGAGGCAGCCAAAGCUUUGUUUUCCAUAUUCCUCCAUCACAGACGGUACUCUGGGUUGGAUGAGCUGGCUGUGUUGGAGGCAGCCUGUGCCUCUGGCUGUAACGCUCACUGCCACUUCCUGCUGCUGCUUCAGAGCAUUUCCUUCGACCACAGCAUCCUCCUUGACUUCCUCAUCUCCACCGAAACCUGCUUCCUAGAGUACUUUGUGCGGUACCUCAAGUACCUCAGCGCUGACUGGCGAGGCUUCACUGCAGCAUGUGGGACAAUCAGCUUGCCAGACUGUCAUCUUUCACUGCAGCAGUCGCCAACUGCCUCAGCUGGUGGUGACAUGUUGAAGGUUAAAGGUGAGUCAGAUCAAGUAGAAUUCAGCUCCUGUGUCCAGCCCACAGGUGUUAUUCCACCAGUGGGAACCACCCGUUUGGCUGCUGGGUUUCACCUUGUCGAGUACGAUAGUUCUGACCAGUCUGAUCCUGAGAACAUGGAGGUUUCUCAGGAGGAACCAGGGCCGUCUGCAUGUGAGAAAGGUAGAUUUAGUGCCUUGGAUGUGAAGCAAGAGCUUAGUGGACCACCGCUACCUAUCAGGCACAGACAAUAUGAGUCAUCGGUCUACAAACCGAACUCCAGACAGGAAGGGCCAUCACUGCCGGUGCUGCAGAGUGAGCAAACGUCAUCAUGUCUAACCGUGUCGGGACAGCUGACCUGUGGAACAUUAGCCAGAGCAGUGCUCUGUCUGUCCGAGCUCAGAGAGGUGGUGACAAGGCUGCAGACGAAGAAACUCUUCCCAUACAACCCUUCCUCACUCUUAAAGCUCUUGGCACAAGUACAGAACUGUUCCGAACAAUCACAUCUGUUACAUUUCAAUAAAUGAUAAAGAUAUUUAGAAUAUCUUUUGUGAAGCUAAAUCCAAGUGGUCCAGUGUCUGUUAGUCCUCCCAUGGGUUCACGGCAUGUCCAGGUUGUUUCUUGUCUUCUAUCCGGAGGACGACAGACUACUACAAGCUUAAUAAUCCCUGAAGGGGAAAUUCACUCUGUUUUUACACAUGACAGACCCAUACACAUCCAUUCAUGUUUGUAAUUUCGGAAUAAAAGGAAACUCCACAAAAACAUUGAGUGUAGACCUGUGUGCAGACCUGUGUGCUGGUGUUGUGUCGAAUACUGUUUCCCUGACCACCUACGGUGGUGCUAUUAUUUUAACAGGAGGAAAGCACUAGUUGACGGGAACAGAAUCCAACAUAGCACCGGGGCUAAGGCUCAGUUGAACCCUGGUGCUCUAUAUAGAUAUACCUAAAGUUACUUAGUGCGACAUGUCUGUUCGGUGUGGUUUCAGGUGCACCAACCAAACAUCUGACCAUGCACACUUUGCUCAGUCAUCACUCUGCACAGGGAAGGACAAAGUGAAGUAACACAAGCAAUGUAUUUUGCAGUGGAGGGGGACUCCCAAGUUUUUCAGUGGAAGCAACAAAAUAUCAAUUAGCUAGUUUGACAAAAUAAUGUUCAUUUUCUGCCCCGAGCGUUCAGCUGCAUCUUAACGUCUUUAUUAGCUGAUGGAGUUGAGUGCCACGGCGACCCGGCCCCAGAUAACAGGAAGAAGAUGGAUGAAUGGAGUUUGCCAAGUUAUCAUGUGACCCGAUUAUGGAACUACAGUCAUGUGGUCAACAGGCUUUUAAACCUGCAUGUAGAACUUCACUGAUUUCAGCUUCAAUAUGCCAACUAGUAAUAACACAGUGAAUCUAUCUAGCAGCAAAGAAUCACUACUGUGGUAAUGUGUCAGUCCCCAUGUGAGGUGGUAAGAUGUUCAACAAUGUGAGAGGCAUAUACAGUUGUGUGAAAAAGUGUUUGCCCCCUUCCUGAUUUGUUAUUAUUUUUGCAUGUUUGUCA